AUGUCUAAGGUAUAUUCUGCUCAAGAAGUGGCGAAACACAACCACGAAAAGUCUCUGUGGGUCAUAUUCAAUGACAGGGUGUAUGAUGUAACUGACUUCUCCAAGGACCAUCCAGGUGGAGAUGAUGUUGUUCUCGAGUAUGCCGGCAAGGAUAUCACAGAGGUCAUGUCGGACAAGCUCUUGCAUGACCACUCUGAGGCUGCCUUUGACAUGAUGGACGAUUACUUGAUUGGUACGCUGGAAGGCAGUGAUGUAAGUAUUGGCCCUGUCAGACAUUUAGAGGGAUUGCGUGCAAGCCUUCAUCGUAGACGUGUGGGUUUAUUGGAGAAGGAGGUGGAGUACAAGACAUAUAAACAGGAGGACUUCUUUCCCACUGUCACCGAUACGAAAGCUGAUAUCAAGAUCCAUCAAUUUCUGGAUCUCAACAAACCUUUGGUGCCUCAAAUGCUGACCAUGAAGUUUACCAAGGAGCAUUACCUGGAGCAGGUCCACAAGCCUCGCUAUUUGAACAGACCUGCUGAAUUCUUUGGUAUCUCCUGGUUGGAGCCUCUUUCAAAGACGGUUUGGUGGGUAGUGCCUACUAUCUGGUUGCCCUAUGUCAUUUACAACGUUUUCAAAUCUCUCGGUUACGGCAACACAUUGGCCACAGUGUCCUUUUUCUUCUUUGGCAUGUUCAUUUGGACGUUCCUCGAGUACGGCCUCCAUCGAUUUUUGUUUCAUUAUGAUGACCGCAUGCCUGAAAAUCAGCUAAUGUUCUUGCUGCACUUUGUUCUCCAUGGAUUCCAUCACUACUUGCCAAUGGACAGAUUAAGACUUGUUGUGCCACCUACUUUAUUUGUUGUUUUGGCUUACCCCUGGAUCUCUUUGGCUCAUAUGCUGUUUCCUCCUAUGACGGCUUACGGUGUUGUUGCUGGAGGCAUGUUUGGCUACAUUUGCUAUGAUAUGACACAUUAUUACGUCCACCACGCCAAGGUCAUUUCAUUCCAUUUUACCGAGAUGAAAAAGUACCAUUUGGCCCAUCAUUACAAGGACUUUGAAGCUGGCUAUGGCAUUACCUCCAAGCUUUGGGAUUACGUCUUUAAGACUGUUUUAACUUACAACUAA